GACAUGCUGGCAGCCUACCGCGUCCUGAAUUAUGUGGCAAGCAUGUCAUAUAUCGUUGUCCUGGGCAUGAUCUUUACGAUUCUGUCGAACUUUGCGAAAGCCGACAAGGUAUGGGUGGCGCGAUACUUCGAGCAGGUAGGUUGGGUUGUCGACGGUAUGGACAAGGUGAUGUAUGCCGGAUGUGCUUUCUGGCUCGCUGGUUUUACGGUUCAGAUGUCUUUGAAUCUGAGCCCUGGUGAGUUUUGGAUUUGCGUCGCAUUCGAAGCCGCGGCUUUUGUCAUCACCGUUUCGGUCAAGAUAUGGAUGCGGUGGACGCGCAUGUCCAUGAAUAAGAUUGCGAAG